CGCUGCGGCGGCGGCGGCGGCGGCGGCGGCGGCGAUGGGACCCCAGCGAGAGAUCUGCGGCUAGCUGGCUGCACUUGCUCCACGGGUCAGGGGAUCGGAGGGGCAGGUUUGAAGGAUGUGCCGUUAAAAAAGAAAGGCCAAAGACUGACAAGGAGAAGAGGAAGAGGAAACCUUCAAAGCUCGUAAGGAUGAGUUCUUGCAGCAACAUCUGCGGAUCCAAACAAGUACAGGCCGCUCCCGAGGGCGGGCACCAGCGCUACGGAGUCCGGUCCUACCUACACCAGUUUUAUGAGGACUGUACCACCUCGAUCUGGGAGUAUGAGGAUGAUUUCCAGAUCCAGAGAUCACCUAAUAGGUGGAGCUCAGUAUUCUGGAAGGUCGGACUCAUUUCCGGCUCGGUCUUCGUGAUCCUCGGACUGACUGUCCUGGCAGCGGGCUUUCUCGUGCCCCCCAAAAUCGAAGCCUUCGGCGAGGCCGAUUUUGUGGUGGUCGACACCCACGCCGUCCAGUUUAACGGAGCUCUUGACGCGUGCAAGCUGGCGGGGGCCGUUCUCUUCUGCCUGGGGGGCACGUCCAUGGCAGGGUGCCUGCUGAUGUCCGUGUUCGCGAAGAGCUACUCCAAAGAAGAGAAGUUUCUCCAGCAGAAGUUUAAAGAGCGGAUCGCAGACAUCAAGGCCCACGCCCAGCCCAUCACGAGAGCUCCGGGCCCGGGGGAAACCAAGAUUCCGGUCACUUUGUCCAGGGUUCAGAAUGUGCAGCCUGUAGCGGCGACCUGAGGUGCAUCCCACCCUGGGCUCCCCUCUCUCUGAUUACUCAGUGUUAACGUGGAGCGGGGGCCAGGCUUUGAGAUGAUGGGGCUUUGGCGUUGACUUGCCCCACACCCCCGGGGCGGGGCUCGGUGGGGGCAUGAGCUCACCUGCGCUCAGUGUAGGUGGCUCAGGUGGCGGUGAGGUGGUGCGGCGACCUGUGUGUUUGCACCGAGCUCCUGAAAGGGUGUUUUUGUGUGCCCACCAGGCACGUCUCCCAUGUUACUGGAAGGCGCUGAGCCGGGUAGACCAGAUGGCCAGUGAUGACGUGCUGUUUUAUUUUCUGAUAUUGGUUUUCUUGAUCUUUCCUGUGUGGUGCUGCUUCCGUUCCUGUCUCACUACACGUAAGAUAUUGUCGUGUGUGUUCACAGAAAAAUUGAGCUCCUUGAUUUUGACCCAAACAUUAGUCUUUUUAGGAUAUCUUAACAUGAAGUUACUGAGAUUGGACGUGAAUGUAUUGGAGUUCUCCACAAAUCUUUUGUUGUUUUCUCCAGAUUUUUUUUUUUUUUUUUUUUA